GCUAGCGGGAGAGGCGGCGCCGGAGCGGUUCGGCGGCGAUGGUGAUCCACGGCCGCCGGUAACCAUGGCUCGCCGCGAGUCGAUGCGGUUGGCAGCAGCAGCAGCAGCGCCGGCCCCCAGUCCGCGGCCGCACGGCUUGGCCGCCCUCUCGCCGCCCGGCUAGAGCGGUGGUUGCUGAGGAGCCACAGCCACAGCCCCGGGCCGGGCCCCUGCCCCUCGUCCCCGGCUCCAGCCGCAGCCGCAACCGCAACCCCGGGCCGGAGCCUCAAGCGGCGGCGCACAUCCAUCACCCAUCUCCUCCUCCUCCUCUGGGUCGACUGGCUCCGGAAGAUGGCGACCGGCGUGGGCUGGCAGCAGCAGCAGCAGCAGCACUGCAGCGGUGGGCCGGCAGCCGGCAAGGUGGGCUCGGCCCCCGAGUACAACCACGAGCUGCACAUCAAGAUGAGCAAGAAGAUCGCACAACUGACCAAGGUGAUUUACGCUUUAAACACCAAAAAUGAUGAACACGAGGCUGCUAUCCAGGCACUCAAGGAGGGCCAUGAGGAGGAUGUUCAACAAAUCUUUGAUGAAACAAAAGAGAAAAUUCUUUACUAUAAGGGGAAAAUUAACGAGGAAGUAGAAUUACGAAAGAAAAUUCAGUCGUUGGAAGAAUCUCUGGAACAACAUGAGCAGAUGAAAAAACAAGCACUAGCAGAAUUUGAUGCCUAUAAGCAGCAGGUUGAAGAUACACAUCUUGUUUUGGAGACUCAUCAAAUGCAAGGUGUUGUGAUUAUGUCUAGAAAUAUUCAAGAAAUUAAGGAUAGUUUUGAAGAUAAACUACAACAAUUUAUGCGGUUAGAAUCUCAAUUUGAUCAGGAUAAACAAGAAACUCUGGAAGAAUUGCGUGCAGCUCAUAAGCUAGAAAUUCAGAAUCUCUUAAAGUCUUCUCAGAGUCAGCACGAAACUUCAGAUAAACAACAAGAGAAAUUGCAGCAAAUGCUUAGAACUGAACUGAUAUCUGUGAAGAACAAAACUGAAGCACUUGCACUUGAAAAACAAAAAAUAGCGGAUGAAUUUGAGGCUAAAUUGAGCAAAACUCGGGCCUUUUAUGAACAUGAAAUUGAAGCUAUAAAAAAAUCUCAACAGGCUUCAGAAAGUUUGCUAUGUAAACAGAGGGAGUCCCAGUUAAAAGUGGAGUUUCAUGUCCAAGAGACUGCUUUGAGAACAGCACUUGAGAAGUUGCAGACAGAAUUGCAGAUCUCUCAGGAGGAUGGCAAUCAGCUGAGGAACAAGUAUGAACAGCUUCAUGGAGCAUUAAACAAAGCAGAAAGUAAUGUACAAAUGCUUCAGGAACAGCUGAAAGAGGACCAACAAAAAGAUAAUGAUACCCUUAUAAAUCAAAAACAGUUAGAAAAUGAACUGGUUGUUUGUAAAGAUCUUAUUCAACAACAAUCUACAGAAUUGCUACUGAAAUCAAGUCAUAUUGGAACACUUGAAGCCACUGAAAUGACCCAAGAAGCUACAAUCCAAGAACUGGAGUCGCAGCACUGCAGAUUAAAGGAUAAAUUAUCUCAUCUUGAAGAGGAAAGGAAUAUCUUGCAAAAUAGCAAGCAGACCUUGGAUGAACAACAGAGACAACAACUAAUAGCCAUUGAGAAGUCCUUAAAUGAAGAAAAAGAAAUGCAAAUACAAUAUCACGAAGAGGAGUUAACAAACCUGCACCAUAAGCAUGAAGAGGAAAUCAAAUAUCUAAAGGAAAGCUUUAAGAAGAAUAUGGAGGAGUUAUCUGAAAAAAAUCAGGCAGCAUUAGAAUCUGUUCAAGGAACAAGUGAAAGAGAAAAACAAAAAUUGCAAAUGGAAAUAGAUCAAAGUCUUGCGAAAGAUCGGCUGCGAAUGGAAGAGGAGAAAAAUCAGUACCAACGACAAAUAGAAAACAUACAGGAAGAGUUGACUGCUAAGUUAAACACAGCGAAUCAAGAGGUGUGCCGUUUACAGGAGCUUGUGAAAAAGAGUGAACAUGGCUUAGGAUCAGCAGAAGGGCAUAUUUCCAGCUUGGAGGAUGCUCAGAAAAAACUGAAAGAAGAACUGGAUCAUACCAGGAUUAAACUGAGGGAGACAAGUGAUUCAUUUUCUUCUGUGCAGGGAGAAAUGGAACAACAAAGGCAGAACUGUGAGACCCAACUAACUCUGGCUAAAGAAGAAGAGAGGUUCAAAUUGGAAAAAUUGGAGAAAGAACUGGAACAAAAAUGGAAAACAGUUGUGAGGGAGCAAUAUGAAAACUUAUGCACAAAGUUAGAAAGACAGUAUGCUGAUGAGAAGAGGUCUGCACUGGCUCAUCUCUCGCUUCAAAAGGACCAGAAAAUCAACGCAGAGAAGGAAGGCUGUCAGAAAAAGGUAGAAGAUCUCUUGAAUCAGCGGCACUUUCUAGGUGAAGCUUUACAAAAAUCUAUCAGUAAUAUCUCCUUACUGAAGCAAAGUCUGGAAAUGCAGCUAUCUCAGUCGCAGGAUUCCUUGCAGAAACAUCAGUGCCAAUUCAACCAUGAGAGACAACGGCUCACGAAGCAAAUGCAAGAAAUGGAAGAAGAACAUAAACAUCAACAGGCAUCUUUAGAGGAUGCUCACCAGAAUGCUUUGAGAAAUAUGGAAUCUAAAAAACAAGAGUACAAGAAAUUGGAAGACUCUUUAAAUAGACAGCACGAAGAGAAAAUGGAGGCCCAGAAGGAUGGUCAUAGAAUAAAUUUGGAGGCUUUGCAAAAGGAAGCAGAAGAACAGCUGCAAGAUUUGAGGACAGAGUUGGAGGAUGAAAGAAAAGUACUACUUGCGGCGUCUUGUUCAGAUCUCAUCUAUAAGCAUUCUGUAGCUAUGGACCAGCUGAAACAAAAUCACCAACAAGAAAUAGCAGCUGCAAGAAUGGAAUUAGAUCGGGCUAUCGACCUGCGUAGACAAGAGAAGAAGGAGCUACUGAGCAGAAUAUCUGACUUGCAAGAAGAAAUACGACACCGUGAGCAUCAUAUAAAGGAAAUGGAUGAGGAGAACCGAUCUAUGCAUGAAAACCUAAGUACCUUGACCAAAGAGCUUGAGUAUAAAGGGAAUGAAGUUUUAAAAGUACGAAGCGAAGUCAACCAGAAAAUUAGGAUUUAUGAACAGGAGAUGAUAAAGAAACAAGAGAAGAAGAUAAAUGAAAUGACUGCAGCCCAUAUCCGAGAAACACAGUGCAUGCUAACAGACUUCAACAAGGCUCAGGAAUUCCUGAAAGAUAAAAUUUCUUCUCUGGAAAUCUUAUUGGAAGAGGCUGAGGAAAAAUACAAUAGCAGAGAAUCAAGAGCAGAAGAUCUACAGUUGAUCAAUGAAUUAAAGGAAAUGAUUACAGAACGGGAUCAGCUCAUGAAAAAACUAAUGGAUGACAAGAAAUAUUACCAACUGGAACUGGUGAACAGAGAAACAAAUUUCAACAAGGUUUUUAAUGCCAGCCCUACAGUUGGCGUUAUCAAUCCCUUAGCCAAGCAGAAAAAAAAGAAUGAUAAAAUUGCCAGUCGCUUUGUUAGUGCCCCAAAUCUAAGUGCUGUGGAAUCUGCAGGAGUGGGAAAUGGGCAACAACAGCACAAUCGCUUAGAGCCAAUUCCGAAUUCUCCUGUUCAUGAUAUUGGGUUCAAUAGUAACAAGCCUCUACCACAGACUGUACCUCCAAAGGAGGUAAAAAGAUUUCUGAGAUAACAGUUGCUUCAUGAUGCCACACGAAGGGAGAAAGUAGCACACAACGAGAAACAAAAACUGUUAUAAAGAGGUUCCCUGAUAACCUUUUAAAUAUUCUGGCUGCAGCAUUUCUUAAUAACUACCAAAUCCAUUCUUAAAGAACUACUUUUUUUAUGUUCAAUGCAAUGUAUGGCUAUUCUUACUCGGUGAGGUUAAUUGUGGAAAAAUGUUAUGAGUGUAAAACAUAUUGUAAGAGAUACACUGUUGAAUAUUUCAUGAUGAAUAUAUUGCCUGUAAAAUCGCCUGAUCUUUUAAAAGUGGAUGAUAUUUUGCAUUUUAAGUAUGUUUAGCCAAAAAGCUUACAUUUGUACUCUGUUACUACACCCACAAUUUCCAUAACUAUAUUUUUGUCACUUUCAGAUUAAUUUCAGAAAUUUACAAUCAAUUGAUUACUUUUUAACCAGGUUAAAUUAAAAUGAUACAUCAGGAAUUAGGUUGCAGCAAUAUAUUGUAAAUACUUUGUAAAAGCAAGCAUAAUCUGGAUGAAUUAUUUAUAUUGUAUAGAAUCUACAUUGUCAGUUUUAUAAGAUUUGCAUAUAUUACUAUGUUUAAAAAGAAAAGUGCAGUUUGAAGUGUGUGUUUAAGUGCUUUUAUGAAUAUAUAUGCAGUUAUAUAAUUAUUCUGUGCCAUUCAUUAUGUCUGUGGCUUUAUUCCACAUUUAAGUUGAUAUUUCUUAUUGUCUUGGCCAAAGCUACAGCGGCUUUACUAUAUUUGUACCUUGGUUUGUAAGGUAAAGCAUGCACUUUUAAAGUAUACUUUUUUAUUUUAAUAAAUUAAUUUUUCAAAUGA